GUGACGUCACGUGUGGGCUGAUCUGGGCCUGCGAGCGGGAGGCGGGCAGGGCGGAGUACGGGCGCCGCCGAGGGACACGCGGGAGCCGCGCGGGCGUUUUCCUCCUGCUUCUCCUUGCUGCUUCUCCUGCUCCUCAGUCAUUGAGAGGGAAGGAAGGGCAGGAGGGGGCCAUGGCCGGCUACGAGUACGUGAGCGCCGAGCAGCUGGCCGGCUUCGACAAGUACAAGUACAGUGCGGUGGAUAGCAACCCGCUCUCGCUCUACGUCAUGCACCCUUUCUGGAACACCGUGGUCAAGAUCUUCCCCACUUGGCUGGCCCCCAAUUUGAUAACGUUUUGUGGCUUCCUGCUGCUUGUCUUCAACUUCUUCCUCAUGGCAUACUUUGACCCUGACUUUUACGCUUCUGCCCCCGACCGGGAGCACGUCCCGAACAGCAUCUGGGUUGUGGUGGGCCUCCUCAACUUCAUGGCUUACACACUCGAUGGAGUGGACGGGAAGCAGGCCCGCCGGACACAGUCCUCCACGCCACUGGGGGAGCUCUUUGACCACGGCUUGGACAGCUGGGCCUGCAUGUUCUUCGUGGUGACUGUCUACUCCACCUUUGGCCGGGGCCCCAACGGGGUCAGCGUCUUCGUCCUCUACCUCCUCCUCUGGGUGGUCCUCUUCUCCUUCAUCCUCUCCCACUGGGAGAAGUACAACACCGGCAUCCUCUUCCUGCCCUGGGGCUACGACAUCAGCCAGGUGACCAUCUCCAUCGUCUACAUCGUGACCUCCAUCGUGGGGGUGGAGGCCUGGUACAAGCCCUUCCUGUUCAACUUCUUCUACCGAGACCUCUUUGUCGCCAUGAUCAUUGGCUGCGCACUGACGGUGACCGUCCCAAUGAGCCUCUUGAAUUAUUACAAGGCCUACAAGAGCAAGACGCUGAAGCACCGCUCCGCCUACGAAGCCCUGCUGCCCUUCUUCUCGCCGGUCCUGCUCUUCGCCUUGUGCUCUGCCUGGAUCUUCUGGUCGCCCACCGACAUUCUAGAAGCCCAUCCGCGCCUCUUCUACUUCAUGGUGGGCACCGCCUUCGCCAACAUCUCGUGCCGGCUGAUCGUCUGCCAGAUGAGCAGCACCCGCUGCCAGCCCCUCAACAUCCUGCUGCUGCCCCUCGCGCUGGUCAUCCUGGCGGUCGUCUCGGGGGUCCUGGCCCAGCAGGAGACCCUCCUCCUCUACCUGCUCACCUGCCUCAUCACUGCAGCCCACAUCCACUACGGUGUCAGCGUGGUGAGCCAGCUGAGCCAGCACUUCCACAUCCGGACCUUCUCCCUCCGGAAGCCCAGUUCGGACUGACUAGGCGUGGAGGAGGCCAUGGCGGCCGGAGCCGAGGAGAAGGUCGCCCUGCGCUCGGCCGAGGAGUUGUAAAUCCGGACGCCUGUCCUGUAAAUAUUCUUCGCCUUCACCACAGAACUGGAUUUGGACCCACUCUGGACAGCCGUGGAGCAGA